AUGCGCACUCCUUCGACCCCUCGGGCUCUGGCCUUGGCAGCCAUUGCUUCCACUGCCUCCGCAGCCGCGACUCUCAAGGACGUUUGCACUGUUGAGUAUGCCAAAUCCAAGCUUCCGGCCUCUGAUUUCAUCCAGGGCAUCACCCUCGACCCUUCGUCCGUCACUACGAACAUCGUGUACAAUGCCUCCACCAGCGCGGACAGCACCUUUUACCCAGCCGCGACCUUUUCGUACUGCAACUUGACCCUGGCCUAUUCCCACAAUGGCCGUGCAGGAGACCAGGUUAUCGUCCAAUACUGGCUUCCUGACCCUGCCAAGUUUGAAAACCGGUACCUGUCGACCGGUGGUGGAGGCUAUGCCAUCAACUUCGGAUCCCAAUCUCUACCCGGUGGAGUCAUGUACGGUGCUGUAGCUGGUGCCACCGAUGGCGGCUUUGGAAGCUUCUCAACUCAAGCUGAUGCCGCAAUGCUCCUGGCUAAUGGCACCCUUGACUACGAAACACUGUACAUGUUCGGAUACAAGGCUCACUGGGAGUUGAGCAAGAUUGGGAAGCAGUUCACUCGCAACUUCUACAGCAUGGGUGAGAGCACGAAGCUCUACUCCUACUACCAGGGUUGUUCCGAAGGUGGCCGUGAGGGAUGGAGUCAGAUUCAACGCUAUGGCGAUGAAUGGGAUGGUGCGGCGAUUGGAGCCCCUGCUUUCCGCUGGUCCUUCCAACAGACCCAGCAUCUGUACUCGAACAUCGUCACCAAGACCCUGGGCUACUACCCGCCUCCUUGUGAGAUGGAGAAGAUCAUCAACGAGACGAUCUCUGCUUGUGACUCCCUCGAUGGUCUGAAGGAUGGUGUGGUCUCCCGUUCUGAUCUCUGCCAACUGCACUUUGAUCUCUCCUCGGUGAUUGGCAAACCAUACUAUUGCGCUGCCACCGCUGCAAGCUUUGGAUACGGUGGCCCGUCAGCCGCGACCCCCGUCCAGAAUGGUACCGUAUCCAAGGAGGCCGUGGAGGUCGCCAAGGAAGUCAUCCGAGGCCUGCGCGACUCGCAAGGCCGUCAAGUAUACCUCUCCUACCAGACCGCAGCGACCUUUGCAGACGUCACGACGCAGUACAACACCGCGACCGAUAAAUGGGAGCUCGAGGUCGACGGGCUCGGCGCCGAAUUCAUCGCCCUGCUGCUCGACAAGAACGGCACUGAUCUCUCCAACCUCGACGGCGUGACCUACGACACCCUCAAGGAGUGGAUAAUUGUCGGCAUGCAGGAAUACGCCUCCACCCUGCAAACUAACUGGCCCGACCUAACCCCCUUCCACAACGCCGGCGGCAAGGUCAUCCACUUCCACGGCGAGGCAGACAACAGCAUCCCCACCGCCUCCUCCGUGCGCUACUGGGAGUCCGUCCGGAGCAUCAUGUACCCCAACCUCUCCUACAAGGCCGGCGCCGACGCCCUCAAGGACUGGUACCAGCUGUACCUCGUGCCCGGUGCAGCCCACUGCUCGACCAACUCGCUGAUGCCGAACGGGCCGUUCCCGCAGACCAACUUGCAAGUCCUGAUCAACUGGGUUGAGAAGGAUGUCAAGCCCGUGACUCUGAAUGCGACUGUGCUGCAGGGAGAGUAUGUGGGUGAGAACCGGCAGAUUUGUGCUUGGCCACUGCGUCCUAUUUGGAAGAGUGGUAAGAUGGAGUGUGAGUAUGAUCAGACUUCGAUUGAUACUUGGCACUAUGAUUUCAAUGGCGUGCCGCUGCCUGUUUACUAG